GUGACGAGCAAGAAGAAGUAGCGUUACUUCUUUUCCCCGGUCGUGUCUCUGCUUGUUAGCUGGAGAAAGUUGCAGCUUGACAAGCGAACGGCGGAGCAGAACAACCAAAUGCGGACAACUCCGGAAAUGAAAGGCGUGUGUCAUAAGUAGCAGUGAUGGAUGGAGAAGCCCAGAGGGCCACUGCGUCGUGGGAGAAUGCCACUCUGGCUCCGGUGGAGCGCCUCCGCUUCGAGAGGGCGGAGAGCCCCACACCAGGUCUGGUGGAGGGAACGGAACCAGGCGCCGGCCAGCAGAGUGCCAUGUUCGUCCACGCGCAGUCUUUCGAGGAUCUGCUGACCGCCGAGGAAGAGGAUCGGAGCGGGGAGGACGAACUGGACGCGUCGGGCGCCGGCGCCGAGGAGCUCGCGGUGCCGGCGGCGGAGAACGGCGUGGCGGAGCAGCAAAACGCCGAUGUCGCAUCGCCGCAGAGUCGGACCAGAGAGGAGGACGUGUGCAGCGAGGCGUGGAGGAGCCACAGGAAACACGUGUUUGUGCUGAGCGAGGCGGGAAAGCCGAUCUACAGCCGCUACGGCACGGAGGAGGCCCUGUCCAGCACCAUGGGGGUGAUGAUGGCCCUCGUCUCCGUCGUCGAGUCGGAGAAGAACAUCAUCCGUUCCAUCCAUGCAGACGGCUGUAAGGUGGUCUUCCUCACCAAGAGCCCCUUGGUCCUGGUGGGCGUGUCUCGGACCUCUCAGACGGACAAGGAGCUGCUGCGGGAGCUGCAGUACAUCUACUACCAGAUCGUCAGCCUGCUGACGCUCACGCAGCUCGACCACGUCUUCCGGCACAAGCAGAACUUCGACCUGCGCCGCCUGCUGGCCGGCUCCGAGUACCUCACCGACAGCCUGCUGCACCGGCUGGACCGAGACCCGGGCCUGCUGCUCAGCGCCGUCACCUGCCUGCCCCUGGCCGGCUCCGCCAGGGACGCGGUGUCGUCGGGCCUGCAGGCCGCCAAAUCCGAGAGCCUGGUGUUCUCCAUCCUGCUGGCGGGCGACCGCCUGGUGACCCUGGUGAGGAAGAAGGACCAGGUCCUGCACCACAUCGACUUGCACCUGGUCUUCAACCUCGUGGGCUCCUCCUCGUGCUUCCGAGACGGCGAAGGCUGGUCGCCCAUCUGCCUGCCGAAGUUCAACAUGGCGGGAUUCUUCCACGCUCACAUCUCUUACCUGGAGCCCGCCUCCGAGCUCUGCCUCAUCCUGGUCUCCACCGACCGGGAGGACUUUUUUAACAUGUCCGACUGCAAGCGGCGGUUCCUGGAGAGGCUGAGCAAGCGCAGCGCCUACCAGGCCCUGAAGGACGCCCUGAAGUGCCCCGGCUAUUCUGUGGAGCAGGUCGGCAUCCCGGAGCUCAGGCACUUCCUGUACAAAUCAAAGAGCUCGGGGCUGUACACCAGCCCAGAGUACCCAGAAGUGUACCAGCCCGAUGCGGAGCAGGAGAGGCUGAUGGGACUGUACCACGACCUCCACAGCAGAUUGCAUCAUCCAACCAGACCCCUGCGCUCCUUCUACCGCUGCGGGCAAACGGAAAACAUGCUGGCGUGGGUGACACGUGGCUUCGAGCUGUACCUCUGCUUCAGUCCGCUGGGGACCAAGGCCAUGGCCGUCUCGGCCGUCACCAAGCUGCUGAAGUGGAUCCGGAAGGAGGAGGAUCGCCUCUUCAUCCUGAAUCCUCUCACGUACUGAGCCCCCAAAGAGCAUCGCCCUCCUGAACGCCGACGGCCGCGCAGUAGUGUAGUUUUCUUGCUUCGGGUUCCUCUGGUCUCAUUCAGGGUUUUGUGAUUAAUUAGAUUGCGCAAUAUGCUACAUUUUUUAUCAGGCCUGCUUUUUAUGAUUUCAAAUUUGAAUAACAGAGUUGACUAUAACACAACAACAACAACAUGAUCGGAGGUGUUGAUGUGCUCUUGGCGUUGUUUCAUGAAUCUCUGUUUUACUGUAACGGACCUCUUAUGCCUCUAAGACUGAAAGACGCUGUCGCUGUUUUAUUAAAUGUUUUCUCCUCGGGUCUUAAAAAAAGCAGGAAUCCAAUUUGAAUUAAAAAAAUAACUGGAAUUUGUCCGAGAAGCUGCAGUACAAUGUAUCCUCUUGUUAUAACACAUGGCGUUAAAAUAUGGGUUCUUCACAUUCCUGUUGUGUCGUGUUCAAUAACUGGAAUUGUCAUUUUUUACCUCUAUGCGGGAAAAAUGUGUUCAACCUGAUUACUGCUGCCAUUUGUUGCAUCAAUGUUCGGGAGUCUUAAUUUAACUUGUAAUAUCAAUAUAUGUGUAUUAACUAAGUAUUGUGUCACUGUAUUUCAAGGUUUGCUUUGCAUAAGGAAAACAUUCCCACAUCUGCCUCCACUAAUCAUGCCUUAACUAAUGCUCAUUGUUCAAAGCCAAAAUGGGGUUGUGGCAGUGCGGGUUAAUGGCUGCAUUAGACCUCCAGAAUUAGACGUCAAUAAAUCGCUGGUCAAAAACAAAUCUGA